GAGGUGGACUGGAGGGCGUGGUGGUAGCAGCAGCAGCAUCAGCAGGGCGGAGGACAGGCGGUGGGACUGGUCAGAGCCGCAGCUUGGCGGAGUGAACUGACGACCUGCCCUCCCUGUACCAUACUCCGGCACCAUGAAGCGAGGAGGGGAACGAGACCUCUCCCCGUCCAGUAAGAGGUCGAGGUCAAGCGUUGGCCGCUAUGAGGACAGCAGCGAGGAUGAGGGGCGCAGGAGCAGCCGCGGCGGCAGUCCGGGCCGCCGUUACGAUCUACACCGGGACGACUUCGGGCGGCCUUCCCGCGGCCCACCGCCCCCGGCCUACAAGGUGCUGUGUGUGUCCAAUUUGCACGCCAAGGCCAGUGACGAGAUGGUGCGCGAGGCGCUAUACCGUGAGUUCAAGAGGUUUGGAGACGUUAGUGUGAAGGUGUCUCUCGGCGCGGACGAGCGGCUCGCCUACGUGUACUUCAGGAGUGGCGAGGAGGCCCGAGAGGCCAAGCACAGCAAGCCCAGGAUUCUGUUCUAUGACCGCCCCGUGGUGGUGGAACCCGUGUACGAGGCCGCCAGGGACUAUGGUCCCCCCAGGGGUCGCUCCCGCAGUCCCCCUGAUUAUGAUCGCAGUUACCGGCCCAGGAGUCCCCCGGGGCCCGAGUUGGAGGAUCGCUACGAGGCACGUUUUGACAGGCGCCGCCCCCCGCCGCUGCCCCAUAGUGACUAUUAUGCCGAGGCGCCCCCGCUGCGGCAGGACGAGUACGGCUACAGGCAGCACCGAGGGCGCGGCAGCUUGCACAGCCACUACGGGCCCCUCAUCCGGGGAGGCUUUAAGCACAGCUUUGGGAGCAGGGGCGGCGGCGGCGGCGGUAGCGGGGGUGCCAUGGUAGACAGUAAGCGAGACAAGUUUCCCAACUACCUGCAUCACGUGCCACCUGAAGAGGACCCCCUGGCCACCCGCACACUCUUUGCUGGCAACCUGGAGAUCAACAUUAGUGAGGACGAGCUGCGGCGGAUCUUCGGUCGCUAUGGAGUGGUGGACGACAUAGACAUCAAGAGACCUCCGCCAGGUACAGGGAACGCCUACGCCUUUGUGCGGUUUCAGAACUUGGAUAUGGCCCACCGUGCCAAGAUUGAGCUGUCUGGACAGUACAUUGGCAAGUUUCAGUGCAAGAUUGGCUAUGGGAAAGUGAUGCCCACCACCAGGGUGUGGGUGGGUGGCCUGGGACCCUGGACAUCUGUGACGCAACUCACUCAGGAGUUUGACCGGUUUGGUGCUAUUAAGAAAAUAGAAUAUGUGAAGGGUGAGAGCCACGCCUACAUCCUGUAUGAGAGUCUUGACGCAGCGCAGGCAGCAGUGAAGGAAAUGAGAGGCUCACCCCUGGGAGGACCCGACAAGAGGCUGAGGACAGAUUUUGCUGAGGUCAACCCUCCACCACCUGGCUCCUUCCCAGCUGGGUUUAAGAAAGAAUUUGAGGGGGAGUACAGAGAAGAGUGGGCCACAGGGCGGGGCGGGGGCUACGAAGAGUACAGCAGUGACUAUGGGGCAGGGUAUGGGCGGGGGAGGGGACGUGGCCGAGGCUGGCAUGAGCGAGGGCGUGGCAGCCACCGGGGAGGGUACCAUGGGGACUACCAGAGAGGGGACUACAGGGACUAUGAUGGCACUCCAGAAGGAGACCAUGCAAACAGGAGCCCCGAGGCAGGCGACGGAACCAGCGACAAUGGCCUGGGAAGUGCCAGGACGCUGGCAGAUGUGGCCCGGAAAACAACCACGUCUUGGCAAGGCUCCUUGAUAUUAAAGAAUUCUUCGUUUGGCACAAAGAUGCACCUCAUCGAGGGCGACAGUGAGGUAGCCGAGAUGAUGCAGGAUGAUGAGGGGCGGCCAUUGCUGCGCAUCACACAGCGGCUGCGGCUGGACCAGUCGCGCCUGGAUGAUGUGAACAGAAGAAUAAGUGCCCCGUCAACCGCUACCAUCCUCCUGUCCCUGCCAAGCACAACGGCUCCUCAGGCUCCGGAAGAAGCCGCGGUUCAGACUCGUCCUUUGAGAAACUUGGUGGCCUACCUGAAGCAGAAGGAGGCAGCUGGUGUUAUAACUCUUAACUGUAGCAAUAAGGAGUCAAACAUGCAGGGUGUGUUGUAUGCCUUUCCUCCUUGUUCCUUCUCCUUGGACUUGCUGCACCGCGUGUCUCCCGGCCUGACGGAAGAGACCACGAGAGACGACCACCUGGUCAUUGUCAUUGUGCGAGGGGCAGCUGCAUGAGUCUCCGUUCAAGGGUCAAGUGUAUCUUAAGUGUUGCAUUCAAGUAUUUAAUGUAUAAGUGAAUUUAGAAUUGAACAAAUGCUAACAAACAUGUAAUAAUUGUAUUGAUUUUAUUUACAGUAGUGCUUUAUGAUGAUUGUGACCUUCAUUCUUUGUGGAGAGUGUAUGAAUUGAUGCAUCCAGGAAAGGAAUGCCAUACAUUUCAUAAUUCCUUUUGGAAAGAAAAGAACAAAUGUUUCAAUUGACAAUCUUUUGUGUUUUGUGCUUCUGUGUAGUGCUAUUUUCUUAAUACAGUGAAAUGGUAUUAUC